GGCGCACGGAUGCGCACACGCGUUGCCACAGCAGCGGACGUAGCGUAGUGACGCAGGCCAGCACCACGCACGCUCUCCAGUAGCACAACAAUACGCGUUCCCCGUUCCACCCUCGCCGCUCCCCCUCUUUUCGCGUCGCUCACGGUAUGGCGGACGGCGAGCGGUCCCCAUUGCUUUCGGAUCUCGGUGAUGGAGCUCUCGGCACCGGUAACGGCGGACUGUCUCCUAGAGCGAUUCCGCACGACGCGCCGAACAAACCGCAGAGUUUUCCACCAUUUCCGACUCAACCCCCUGUGUUGCUGGGUGAGAACCCUCCACCGUACUCCCCCCUGACAUCUCCAGAGAGUGGCAGUGCCCCGGUCAUCAGCUGUAGGGUCUGCCAGUCACUCAUCAGCGUUGAGGGCAAAAUCCAUCAACAUGUGGUCAAGUGUGGAAUCUGCAACGAAGCAACACCUAUAAAGAAUGCACCUGCAGGGAAGAAAUAUGUGCGUUGCCCUUGUAACUGUCUUCUCAUCUGCAAGGUCACAUCCCAAAGGAUCGCUUGCCCACGUCUCUACUGUAAGAGGAUUAUAAAUUUGGGGCCCGUCCACCCCGGCCCAGCCAGUCCAGAUCCACAGCCGGCUGGUGCUAGAGUUUCCUGUGGACAUUGCAACAACACUUUCUUGUGGACAGAGUUUACCGACAAGACAUUGGCACGAUGCCCUCAUUGCAGAAAAGUAUCUUCGAUUGGCCAAAGAUACCCCAGGAGGCGGAGUUUGUGGUGUUACCUGCUGUGCUUGCUGUUUAGCAUUUCAGCCGCUGGACUGAUCGCAGGGACGUGGUCCCAAGCACGUGUGUACGGAGGAAUUUACGCCUCCUGGGCGGCAGCAUUGUUACUGGUGGUGUUGACGCUGGCCAGGGCGCUUUACUGGAGCUGCAUGCGGGUCAGCCAACCUCUCCACAACCUCACAUAGAGAGAGCAGAGACAAGAAAGGCUGGCGGAGGAGAGAUGAAGGGUGGUGGUGGGUAAAAUAAAGGCCACAGGACACGAGAAAGAGAGAGCAGGAGAGAAUCAACUCUUGAUUGUGAAUGCAGUAAUGAAGAGUAAAAGUCAAAUCGAGAAACAAGGGGUUAAAAGCUACUCUGACAAAGAAGAUGGCGUUUUAAAUUUACUUUUAUUCUGGUUUUCUCUGGAUGUCUUGUCAUCCGUGAAUAUGAACUGACUUGUUGCUCAUGGUUACAUGCAAAUGUGCUGUUACAUUACACAGAUGAUUCCAUGCGCACACACACGUCUUAAAUUAACCACACUACAAUACAAACAUGCGCACACACUGACACAGGACAAAUGCUCUCGGAUAUUGAAACAUUGAAAAGUUGCUUGAGCCCCACACACACAAUAUUAACAGGUCCGUAGUUUCCUAAUGAAUCGGUACAGGUUGAGCUCCACUAGAGGUCGCCAUUUCAUAACUUCAUGCACAAUUUUACAUACUGUCACAGGAUGUUCAUACUUUCUCUAUAAUGUGGGUAUACAGAUAAAGGAGGAUUAUAAGACAUUUCUGUAACUGGAUUUUCAUGAACUCGAAUCUAAAGUGUACAUGCGUUCAAACACACACUCUUCUCCCCUUUGUCUUUAGUUGUGAAGGUUGAAAACAGUAUUUUUUUAAGAUUGUGAAUUUUGUUUGUAAAUAUUUGUUGUUUAUUUCAUGAAUGACUGAACGUUGCACUGUAGCCCUAACAUGCUGUGAUUCCUUUAUUUUUAUGUUUUUAUUUAAUUUGAAAAAUCACUACUGAAUAAUCACAAUGGCUGAUAAUAAUGACCAGAAUAAAAUCAACAUCAAUGAAUUGCACCUUCGGAGAGUAGACAAACAAGCAUUGAAGGUUAGAGGUGUUUGAGGUGUUUUAUUUUAGCAAAGGGGUCAUGGUACACCCAGCUUGUGUUUAUGCUAAAAAAUCGUAUUUUUCAAGAUCUGUGAGGUUGAUGAUGUAUAACUUUGAUUAAAUUAAUGAGAUUGAUAAGCUGAUAGCUUUGGAUUCUGGACUCCAAGAUCCAAUUUCUCUUCGAAGUCCUAAGGUUUGUGCAGAGGUUUCCUUACAGUUAAAAAAAUUGUCACUGCUGAUCAUUUAUUAUAAAAAUGUUCCUUAUCACUUAUGUGCAGUAAAAAUAUGAGCCUAAAUGCAAAAGAGGACUUGAGAAUCCGAUUCUGUGUUCAUGAGAGAAAUGUCUGGAAGCCCAGGAGGUUAGGAUGUUAUUUAUAAAAAGCAGCAGGCCAAUGAUAAGGUCUCCUCUGAAUUUGUUUACACAUGAGAUUAUGAUUAAACAUGAUUUUAAUGAUGAUGAUGAAGCUAUAAAAGUGUGAAAACAGAA